AUGAAAUUGAGGAUCGAUACAAAAUUGCCAAAAACAAUAUUAAUCACUCUUAAACCUGCAACUUUACCUUCCACCACCAAAUCUCCACACUUUUCUCAUUCCUCCAUCUCUUUCCCUCUUCUCUCUCCUAAUUCCAACAACUCCCUCCGUUUCUUCACCAAGGGAUUAUGCCCCAGGGUUAAGGCCCAGUUAAAUCAGGUUUCCCUUGAUGGUUCUUCCAAUGAUGUGCCUCCUGUUAAAGCUAAAUCAGAUGUGGAACCAACGGCCGAACCUUCGAUUGAACAAUCUUCUUCCGUCCUGGAAAAUGAAGAAGCAAUCUCUGAGUUUUUUGUUCAAGUUGCAAGUCUCGUCAAGCUUGUUGAUUCUAGAGACAUUGUAGAGUUGAAGCUGAAGCAGCUAAACUGUGAAGUAACAAUCAGGAAAAAAGAGGCUAUGCCUCAACCAGAAUAUGCUCCUCCACCUGCAGUGAUGUAUUCACCACAGCCGCAAAUGGCACCUCCUGUUACGCCAUCGUAUACUCUGGCUCCUCCUACUCCUUCACCGUCAACUUCUCUUGUUGAUGUCAAGUCACCUAAGUCAUCACGUCCGCCUCUUAAAAGCCCCAUGGCAGGGACAUUCUACCGAAGUUCUGCACCGGGUGAACCUCCAUUUGUGAAGGUUGGAGACACAAUAAAGAAGGGCCAAGUCUUAUGCAUCAUUGAGGCAAUGAAAUUGAUGAAUGAAAUUGAAGCUGAUCAGUCAGGAACUAUAGUUGAAAUCGUCGCGGAAGAUGCCAAGCCUGUAAGCGUUGAUUCUCCCCUAUUUGUGAUUGAACCGUAG